GAAAUCGUGGAAAUCGCAGAAGUCGUAGGAGUCAUGAAAGUCGUGGAGGUCAUGGAAUUCAUGGAAGUCGCGAAAGUCAUGAAGUUAUAGCAGUUGGUAGAGGUCGUUGUAAAAGUCAUGAAAAUAAUGAGAAUAUAAAAAAAAUGAAGAGACAAAUAAAAAACAUCUAG